GCACUCCCGGCCGGGGCCGGGGCCGGGGCCGGGGGAGGAGGAACUGCUCCCCCCUCCCAACCUUCCUCCCUCCCUCCGUCCCGCCCGCAGGCAGCGCCCCGAGCGCAGUAUGCCCGCGCCGCUGCUCCCGCUGCUGCUACUGCUGCGCACGCUGGGCGUCCGCCUGCUGCUCCUGGCCCGCCAGCGCCUCCUGCCGCUGCUCCGGCGCCUGCGGGCCCGCCUGGGCUCCCGGGAGUCCCGCGAGGCGCUGCUCGCCUGCCUGCUCUGCAUCCUCAACCUCCGCAAGAAGGUAGACGACUGAGACCUGCAGCGCC